CGAGGAGGAGUUUGGCGCGGGGUCAGGAGAGUCAGGCAGGUGGCAUGAGCAGGAGCAGGAGCAAGGGGUCGCCGUGAGCACCAUGUGGGAAACGGAGGGUCUGCAGACGUUCGGCAUCGUGGUGGUCGUGUGCGCUUCGCUCAAACUGCUUCAUCUGCUGGGGCUUAUCAGCUUCUCUGAGGAUAGUGUCGAGGAUGAGCUGGAGCUGUCUGCUGUACGCCAUCGACCAGAAGCUUUGGAGCAGCUGGAGGCUCAAACGCGUUUCUCACGCAAAGAGCUUCAAAUCCUCUAUCGGGGCUUUAAGAAUGAAUGCCCCAGUGGUGUGGUCAAUGAAGACACAUUUAAGGAAAUUUACUCUCAGUUUUUCCCACAGGGAGAUGCAUCAACGUAUGCACAUUUUCUGUUCAAUGCAUUCGACACAGAUCACAAUGGCUCUAUCAGUUUUGAGGAUUUUGUGAUGGGUCUCUCCAUUCUCUUACGAGGCAGCGUUCAGGAGAAGCUUAACUGGGCAUUUAACCUGUAUGAUAUUAAUAAAGAUGGAUAUAUAACAAAAGAGGAAAUGUUAGAUAUCAUAAAGUCCAUCUAUGACAUGAUGGGGAAAUGCACAUAUCCCAUACUUAAAGAGGAAACUCCACGACAGCAUGUGGAGAUCUUUUUCCAGAAAAUGGACAAAAACAGGGAUGGAGUGGUCACUAUAGAUGAAUUUAUAGACUGCUGUCAAAACGACGAGAACAUCAUGAGAUCAAUGCAGCUUUUUGAGAACGUCAUUUAACAUCUGAAUGGACUCUGUUGGCGGGCCAGCUCACAUAACCACCUUUAUACUCCACAAACCCGACGUCCUCGAUGAUACAGUACACGUCUGAUUACUAGCAGUGCUUUACCCAUAAACCAAAAUUAACAGCAUUUUGAAUAUC